AUGUGCGAAAGGACUGCGACUGUGGCUGCGGCUGCGACUACGGCUGCGACUGCGACUGCGACUGCGACUACGGCUGCGACUACGGACAGGAAAAACUGUUGGGAGAAAGCAGGACCGGAGCAUCAGAGCCCGCCCGCUCUUGCGAACAACAACUUCUUCCAACCGCCCAACUCGAAUCUCUCCAUCUCCAUCUCCAUCUCCAUCUCCAUCUCCUUCUUCAUCCCCAUCUUCAUCCCCAUCACCAUCACCAUCACCAUCACCAUCUCCAUCUCCAUCUCCAUCUCCUUCCCUGUCUCCUUCCAAUCCGCAACGGCCACCACCCCCACCAUGAUCGGGCAGUCGGGCUCGGAAUACAUCUUCAUACGUGUCUGUAUCCUAGGCCUGCACUCUAUUGCACCGCUCUGCGUGCUCUACUGUGCCAUAAUCAUUGCGCUUUAUGGCUUCAGAACCGCCAUCACCUCCCCACUACCCCUCCUCAUCGAGGCCAUUGCCGCUGCAGAAGCGCUGUUCUACUUCUUGGUCUACCUGCCAUAUCGAUACGCCCUUCAGCGCGAAGCAGUCCAUCCGCCUGCGCCAUCACGCGAAGAGAGGAGAGAACUCUUUCGUUUAUGCAACGAAAACAUAACUGAUCCUGAAGCGUACUUCCGCAAGUGGUUUCUUGGCGCCGACCUGAAGGAUAUAAAGCGGGAGAACGUGAAAGACUUUCUGCUAUGGGCCUUCUUCAACCGGGGAGGCCCUCCUGGAGACGAUGAUGAUGAGUUGGAGGAAUACGUUGUCGCUACCGAGAAAUUGCUUGGAAGGCCGAUUGAGGACGGAAGAGGGAGCGCGAUAUGUUUGCGUUUGACACUGGACCGUGUAGCCAUGCUUCAUCGAAGCCUGGUAUGGUACUUUUGUGUUGGGUUUGUUGACUUUCUGGCCUAUGUGAAACUCCUCUUGCACGGCUUCCAUUUCCAUCGAAUGCCCCUAUCUCGAUUCUUCACUCUGUUUCCAUUCCGCCCACAAACUCUUCUUACUACGUACCGCUCUCCCGCAAAAUACACAAGUUACUGGCACCGCCCGCAUACAUCGCCGACGAAACUUCCUAUCUUGUUCAUACACGGCAUCGGAAUUGGCCUCUACCCCUACACGAAUUUCCUGGGCGAGCUGAACUCCGUCUCCGGUGUCGAGUCGGCGGAUGCAGACGGACAAGUCGGCAUUAUCGCGAUUGAGAUAAUGCCCGUCUCGUUCCGCAUCACUCACUCCGCCCUGAGUCGAGCCGAGAUGUGCUCAGAAAUCGAGCGAAUUCUAAAGAAGCAUCUCACACCAGGGCAGAAGUGUGUUCUAGUAUCCCACUCCUAUGGAUCAGUAGUCACAACACACCUCCUUCAUACCCCUUCAACAGCGGCGCUGAUCGGGCCUCUGGUUUUGAUCGACCCGGUCACGAUUUUGCUCCACUUGCCGGAUGUGGCUUACAAUUUCACGCGCAGACUGCCAAAGAGAGCCAACGAGCACCAGCUUCAUUACUUUGGAAGUAUGGAUAUGGGAGUGAGCCACACGCUUGCUCGCAAUUUCUUCUGGAGCGAGAACGUGCUUUGGAAGAAGGAUUUGAAAGGUAGACGCGUGACUGUGAGUCUAGCUGGGAAGGACCUGAUUGUUGAUACAAACGCGGUUGGACGCUAUUUGAAUAAAGCUGCUGUUGUUCCGAGUGGGCAUGCAUCCAAUGGCCGCGCUACCCCCAACAGCCAUGCAACUGAUACCGAUUCGAAGAGGAAUCUCUUGAUCGACUACGAAACGCGCACCGAUCUCCAAGAAGGCCACGGCAGCGGAUCUGCUAGCAGAAGCAGAAGUCAAAGUAGCGCAGGCGGCGAAAGUUCAAACAGCUCAACGGAUGAAGCCGAUGUAGACGAGUGGAAAUCUCGACCGUGGCGUGGUACGGACAUUGAUGUCCUUUGGUUCGCAGACCUAGAUCACGCGCAAGUCUUUGAUAAAAAGGCUUCGAGGCAGAGGGUCAUUAGGGCCAUUGCUGCGUACUGCGACGAAGAUCCUGGGACAAGGUGCCUGAAGAUUGAACACAAGAUGGACAAAAAGGCCACGAUUGUGGAGAUGAUUACGAAUUAUGUUGUAGCGGUAUACCAUGAAAAUGUUCUGAAGACACUAUUAAACAUCGAAUAUUUAAUUGGAUUGGUUUGUAUGGUAUGGUUGAUCAAACAGGUUGAAGUCGGGAUAGUUUUUGAUAGCUAUUUCGCAAAGAGAAUAUUGAGGCUGAAAGCCAAGGCUGUUGAGGCUUAUAUAACCACAAAUCACGUGCGAGGCUACCUCCCUGAUAACUCGAGAACAAAGUACCGUUGUUCAACUUCUUCUUCUCUUUACACAACACCCGAUCUAAGUGCCCAUACGAUCAGUGAUACUGCAAUCAUGUCAAACCUGGCGAACACGAACUUGGAGGACAGCGAUGAAGAGGAAGACUUUAACCCUGCGCAAGCAGAUCUUUCCGACAACGAAGCUUCCAAGUCUGCGAAUGCAGAUUCAGAUGACGAACAGCCAUCAAAUUCGAGGAGGCGAUCAUCUGCAGGUCAGGACGAUGCGGAGGAAGACGACGAGGAUGCAGAGGGGCCAGGAGAGGAUCUAGCUGCUGGCAACGAUGAGGAUGACGAGGAAGAUGAAGAAGACGAGGAAGAGGAGAUUACGGGCCACCGUAGAAAACGCCGACGUGAACGCCGUAACCAGUUCCUCGACGUCGAAGCCGAAGUGGAUGAAGACGAGGAUGAGAACGACGACGACGAGGAUGAGCUCAAUGAGAUCAAGGACAACUUCAUUGCUGAUACGCAUCCAGAUGAUCUCGCUGAUCUUCCUGCUGGGGGCGUGGCAGAUGAUCGGAGGCAUAGGGAAUUGGAUAGGAGACGAGAGAUGGAGGCAAGCUUGGAUGCAGAGAAGCAGGCCGAGAUUCUGCGACAGCGUUACGCAAAUAAGAAUAGAUCCGGUAGAGCCGCUGGCGAUUCGGCGGUUGUGCCGCGACGCCUACUUCUUCCCAGUGUCGAUGAUCCAUCGAUUUACGCUGUGCGCUGUAAGGAAGGAAAGGAGCGAGAGGCUAUAUUCUCCAUCAUGAAGCGUGUGGAAGAGAGACAGGGCACAAGGGACGAGCUUGCGAUUACUUGCGCUUUCGAGAGAGGUGGAACAACGUCGACGAUGAAGGGGUUUAUUUACGUCGAGGCCCAGCGCCAAGCAGAUAUUAUGACUGCCCUCGAUGGAUUGAUGAACGUCUACCCCAGAACCAAAAUGAUGCUUGUCGAGAUCAAGGAGAUGCCAGAUUUGCUCAGAGUUACGAAGACACCAUCUCUGGAGCCUGGAGCCUAUGUUCGGCUAAAACGCCCUCCGAAAUAUGCCGGUGACCUUGCCCAAGUCAUCGAUGUUACGGAUACUGGACUCGAAGUGCGGGUCAGAUACGUGCCUCGCCUUGAUUAUGGCCUUCACGAGGAUGCGAAUGCCCCCCAGGAUUUUGGUGCCAAGAGAAAGCGACCUACAACCGGACCUCGACCACCGCAGCGACUUUUCAGUGAAGUGGAAGCCAAGAAACGACACGCGAAGUACCUCCAAGGGAGAUCUGAUACCAAGACUUGGAAUUAUCUUGGUGACGAGUACAUCAAUGGGUACUGCGAGAAAGAGGUCAAGAUCCAGACUUUGGUCACCAAGGAUGUCAAUCCGACAUUGGAGGAAGUCACAAGAUUUGCUUCUGGUGCCGAAGACGGAACCGAGAACCUUGAUCUGAAUGCUCUCGCUGCCAGUCUCAAAGCCAGCACUGCAAAUGCAUCUUAUCUUCCAGGAGAUGUCAUCGAAGUCUACGAAGGAGAGCAGAAGGGUGUGGUUGGUAAGGCAGUGUCGGUCCAGGGCGACAUUGUUACGAUGGCAGUAACCGAGGGUGAUCUCCGAGGUCAGACAAUCGAAGUGCCUGUCAAGGGCUUGCGAAAGCGCUUUCGAGAGGGAGAUCACGUCAAGGUUAUUGGCGGAAGUCGUUUCCGAGAUGAAGUCGGAAUGGUUGUCAAGAUUUCUCAGGAUCGGGUGACGCUUUUGACUGACCAGAGCAAUACCGAGGUCACGGUCUUCAGCAAAGAUCUUCGAGAGGCCAGCGACUCGGGUGGUGGUGGCUCUCUCGGUCAGUUCGAGCUUUGGGACUUGGUUCAGCUCGAUCCCUCGACGGUUGCUUGCGUCGUAAAGGUUGACCGGGAGUCAUUGGUCGUCCUUGAUCAGAACAACCAGACCCGUAUGGUACUGCCUUCUCAAAUUUCGAACAAGCUCGAGAAGCGCAAACACGCCGUUGCGACUGAUCGAAACGGCUCCGAGAUCCGCGCAGACGACGGGGUAAAGGAGCAUGGUGGUGAGGGAAGAUCUGGGAAGAUUAUUCACAUCCAUCGCGCCUACCUGUUCCUGCGGAACCCUGCUCAGAGCGAAAAUGCUGGUGUGUUCGUGACCAGAACCACGAGCGUCGCCACCGUUUCUGCCAAGGGAGGUCGACUUGUAACGUCUUCCGCUCCUCAGGAUCUCACUUCCAUGAACCCUGCAAUGAAGCGCAAUCCUGGUGGUGGUCCUAACACGAGUAUGCCUCCUCCAAAGUCAUUUGGGCGAGAUCGAGCGAUCGGCCAGACAGUUACUAUCCGCAAGGGUCCUUACAAGGGUCUGCUCGGUAUCGUCAAGGAGACUACUGAUACCAAUGCUCGUGUCGAGCUUCACACAAAGAGCAAGGUUAUCAAUGUGCCAAAAGACGCGUUAGGAUUCAAGGACCGGAUCACAGGACAGUCCAUCGACCCAAUGUCCAGAGGUGGCAGAGGCGGUUUCACGCCUCGUGGUUCGAGCAGAGGAGGGAUGGGUAGCGCUACUCCUGGUCAUAGCUGGGAUGCUGGCCAUGGCAGCCGGACGCCCAUGCCAUCCAGCACAGAGCGUACUCCGGCCUGGGGUGCUGCUAGAACACCUGCUGCAGCAAAUGGUGGUCGUACACCUGCCUGGAAAGCUUCGGCCAAUGACGGACGGACCCCAGCUUGGGCCCCGGCCGAUGGCUCAAGAACCGUCAAUCCGUACGACGGAAGCCGUACAGCAUACGGAGCCGGUAAUAGAACUCCCGCAUGGCAAUCUGGUGCAAGAACGCCGGCAUACGGUCUGCAGCAACAAGACGGCUUCAACGCUGGAUCCAAGACUCCUGGCUAUGGCGGAAGUGGCGAUUCCUGGGGAGGAUCCAAGACACCAGCUUACCAGCCCUCAACUUCGAACUCCAACGACAAUACUUUUGGUAACAGUAGUUGGAACAAUGCCCCGACUCCCGGUAACCAGCCCAUGUCAGCACCCACUCCUGCUGCUGCGGCUACACCCUUCGAUGCACCGACUCCUGGGAACUUUCCCAACUCUGCCCCUACGCCAGGUCCGGGGUUUUGGUCCGCCCCCACACCCGCAGCCAUGCCAGAGAGUGCACCCACGCCGGCGAAUUACAACGCCUACUCGGCCCCGACGCCUGGCGGGUACCCAGAGACUCCUGCUGCGAAUUGGCAGGACGAUGGACCGAGGUAUGUUGACUGA